CAUUAUCAUAGUCAGCAAGAACAUUUCAAGUCUAGUCUUGCCGAUUCUCGACAAAAAGAAGAUGAGACGAAAAGACUUUUAAGUCUACGGGAGAAGAUCGUUUGGGUAACCUUUGGUGUCAUUGAUGAUAAAUACGAUGUUGCGAUUUCAAUUGCCUGUCCUGCAUUGAACAACAUCGUAGUUGAUUCUAUUAAAGUUGGACAAACUUGUAUAGAUUACCUUAAAAAAAAAGAUUUAGGUUGCGCCAUGCUCAUUCUUUUGAAUGAACUGCCUACAAUGUAA